AUGGUGAGAACAAGUCCAAGUCGUCGUCCAAGAACAUCUAUAUCAACAACACCUACACACACAACUGAAGCUGUUAAUGCUAGCCAGGAAGCAAAGAUUUUUGUUAAUCGUGAAAUCUUAAAUGAAAAGUUAAAUCUUACUGAGAAAACUCUACGGCAAAGAUCAUUUCCAACAUCGACUGUAAUUCGAUCACAUGCAUCUACACGAAGCUUUGACACAUAUGAUACCCAUAACUUAACGAGAACAGCAACUGGUUGGAUUCCUGCUAUUAUUUGUGCUAUUUUUCUGUUGACCAUAUGGAGGAUAGCACCUGAUUCUGUUACUUUCAGUCUUAAUAUCUUAAUAAGAGUUAUGAAUAUUGUUGCUGAUAUUUUAGCGACCGUUAUAAGUAUCUGUGCUAAUAUUUCAACGGAAGUUAUUACAGUUAUUACUGUCUGUUGUGAAGUUUUAACGACAGUUAUUACAGUUAUCACUGUAUGUUGUGAAGCUUUAAUGGCAGUUAUUGUUAUCAUUUUUGAAAUUUUAAGCGCAGUGUUUAGUAUAUUUUCUCUUGGUUGA